AUGACCAAUGAACACUUCGAACCCCCUCUUGCUUCCCUCAGCGUUUCCCAUGUCUACUACGUUCGUGCAUUCCUUCAUGUCUCCCCUAUUCGCUGACUAACUGCGACCAACACCAGAACCCCGACGAUCCAGUAUCGCUACUGUGUGCAUGGCUAGCCCUCCUCCCACAAGCCCUCGGUGUCUCGUACGCAACACUAGUGAUCGCCCAACGCGAAAUAGAGGUCCUACUUAUGUUCGCGGGACAAUUAUCCUGUGAGGCGGUAAAUUGGGCGCUCAAAAGAUACUUCAAACAGGGCCGACCGAAACGUUUCACCCCUACCCCUAUGUCUGAUGAAGCUAACAAAUGCGAUUAUAACCAGAGAUGUAUGGAAAAGGGUAUGGAAUGCCCUCCUCUCACGCCCAGUUUAUGGCGUUCUUCGCAGUGUAUUUUUCGCUCUGGAUCCGUCGCCGGUCGAAGGGAUUGAGUCCCGCGACGCGAUGGGCACUCAGCGGUGGAAUUCUGGUUGUAUCGGUAAUAGUAGCGCUGAGUAGAAUUUACUUGUCCUACCAUACAGUUGGUCAGGUCGCAUGUGGGUAUUUUGUUGGUGCGCUAUUCGCGGUGGUCUGGUUUUUGGUUACGGCUUGGAUGAGGGUCACAGAUUUGGGUGGCAAAGGUGGAAUGUUCGAUUGGAUUACGGGCGGAAGGAGGCUGUGGGAAUUGGUUAUGUGGAUAGGGGGACUAGGUUAUGUCAAAGAUUUAUGCACAGAGGUCGAUAUCGUGAGGUGGGAGUGGGAAGUCUGGAGACGAGGAGCGUUGGGGGUAAUCGAUGGGGCUAAGAUUCUCCAAGAUGAACUGAAAAAG